UGCUCAAGCGUCAACAAACGUCAAUAGCCCAUCUGUCAAGAACAAGAAAUUCUUCCAGAAAUUAUUAAUUUCGUGUGAAACACCAUGACCACAGCGGCCCGCCCCACGUUCGAGCCGGCCCGCGGCGGCCAGGGCCGUAACGAAAAAGACCUCAGCGCCAUAUCGCGCCAAUACUCCAGCCGAGACCUCCCCGGACACACUAAACUCAAAUACAGAGAGCACGGCCAAGGCACAGUCGAAGAGGUCCGCUCGCGCGACUUCCGCAAAGAGCUCGAGGACCGCGAGCGCGCGGCCAAAGGCUCCCGAAGCGCGCGUCCGUCGGAUCACAAGAGGCUGAAAUUGGACCAAGUGCCCACUGCCAGUUUGGACGCCGACGACCCGUUGGACGAGGAGGAUUCGGACAGCAGCGACAGCGAGGACGACAUGGAGUCGCUGUUGGCCGAGCUGAGUAAGAUCAAGAAGGAGAGGGCGAUGGAGCAAGCGAAGAAGGAGAUCGAGAGGAGGCAGGAGGAGGAGAGGAUCAGGAUGGAGAAUAUUCUGAGCGGGAAUCCGCUGCUGACGCAUUAUUCGGCGGGGAGUGCGAAGACAGACCAUAAGGUGAAGAGGCGGUGGGACGACGAUGUGGUUUUUAAGAACUGCGCUAGGUCGGAGCCUGAGAAGAAGGUGAACGUGUUUAUUAACGAUUCUUUGAGGUCAGACUUUCAUAAGAAGUUUAUGGAGAAGUAUGUUAAGUGAUUUUUGUGGGUGGAGAGGGAUUUUUUUAUUAGUGUUAUAAGUUUUGUACAAUAAUAUUCAUUUAUUAUAGUGUAUUGUAUUGAUGAUUUAAUUAAAGUGAAAAUGUUGUGUUCACUGAGUGGUUUUCGUGUUAUUAUUAAUUUGUACAGUUUUUUGCCGUAUUCAUAUUUUUUUUUUGUAUAGAGCGCCAAGGUUUUGUUUAAACUAAAACCAAUGGUGUUUGGAUGAAUCUUUCCACUCAAUUAUGUUACAACUUUCUUCCUGAUUAAUAAAAUAAUUUUGAUGUU